CACGCCGCCAAUCACAUGCCCCCGUUUCCCCCACUAUGAGUCGAUGACUUCUCCAAAUUCAAAGGAUCAAAAAAAGUAAAACAAAGCUGUUCUUUGUCUGUUUGUUUCUUCCUUUUAAUUCCCUCUUUUUCUCCUUCUCCUUCUCCUCCUAAUUAUCAAGAAUGUGGUAUUCGUCGUGUCCGCCAUGAAUAAUCACCAACUUCCUCCCUCCAACGCCAACUCCAGCUCCACCGCCCUUUCUUCCCCGCAAGAGUCCCUCAAUUCGCGCAGUUGUGUCACAUGCCGUCGCAGAAAGGUCCGCUGCAAUAAACGCUCCCCGUGUUCCAACUGCAUCAAGGCAGGCAUAGAAUGCGUCUUUCCCGCCCCCGGUAGAGCGCGUCGCAAGUCGAAACGGCCCCAGGAUGCAGAGUUGUUGUCCCGGCUGAGACGUCUCGAGGGCGUCAUCGAGCAGAUUAGCGGGAAUCGAUCAGAGGGCUCCCAGAAUCCUCAGCCUCAAACUCCUCAACCCCAGGCGACGCCUUCCCCUGUCGAACGGAAUGAUGAUGCGGGGUCUCAUGAACAGCCUCAGCCGAAAGAUGUCUGCCCGUUCAUGCUGGAGAAUGACCCCAAGGAUAUCAAGCCGCAGAAUAUUGCACACGAGUUUGGACGGCUGGUUAUCGAUGAAGGUCGCAGUCGUUACGUGAGCAAUCGAUUCUGGGCCAGUCUUGGUGAUGAGAUCGAAGAAUUGCAGGAUAUUUUGGACCCCACCUCGUCUGAGGAUGACGACUAUCCCUCCCCCGAGUCUGCCUCGACGUAUUCGGCCAGCCACGAUGGAUUUUUGCUCGGUUUCUACUCGCUUUCGCAUUCCCUUCGCGGCUUUCACCCUUCUCCUGAUAAGAUACCCUUGUUGUGGGAGAACUAUUCGGAAAAUGUAGCGCCUUUGAUCAGUAUUCUGCAUAAACCCACAGCUAAGAAGCUGUUUCUGGAGACAGCGAAACGGCCUGAGCUGUUGGAUAAAAACUCAGAGGCUUUGGUGUUCGCUAUGUGCCUGGUCACUGUGGUGAGUAUGUCGCCGCAGCAGUGCCUGUCGCAACUGGGCGAAGAGCGUGACACGGCCGUCAGUCGUUAUCGGUUUGCCGUGGAGCAGGCACUGUCCAAAGCAAAUUUCCUCAAUACCCAAAGCUUGAUGCUGCUGCAAGCGGCCGUGUUGUUCUUGAUCGGGGUGCGCCGAGAGGAUGACAGCAAAUUUGUCUGGUCCAUGUCCGCCAUUGUCCUUCGCCUUGCACAAGGAAUUGGUCUACAUCGGGAUGGUACUAAUUUUGAUUUGAAACCAUUCGAAACGGAGAUGCGUCGACGGCUGUGGUGGCAUAUUUGCUUAUUGGAUAUUCGCUCGUCCGAGGAUCAUGGGACUGAUGCCCAGAUCCAUGAACGGCUGUACGACACUCGACUUCCGUUGAACGUCAACGAUGAAGAUAUAUGGCCUGAUAUGAAAGAAGCUCCGACCGAGCGAGAGGGCUGUACAGAUAUGACUUUUACCUUGGUCCGCUGCGAAAUCACCGUCUUUGUCCGGCGUGUAAGCUAUAUAUGUCCCAGUGGUCGAUUCCGCUUUGGCAAUGGGCAGCCUUCGAUCGAAGAAUCCACACGAAUGAUUCACGUCAUCAAUCGUCGCAUCGAGGACCGGUACAUCAAACACUGCGAUGUCACUGUUCCCAUCUAUUGGGUCUGUGCAACAGUGGCCCGUCUAAUUCUGGCCAAGCUGUGGCUGGUGGUACACCAUCCGAUGACCCGACAGGAUCGUGGGAUCAACCUAUCCUCUUUGUCUCGGGAAACCUUGUUCAUGAACUCGAUUGAAGUGAUUGAAUUUGGCCGCUUGCUGGAGGCGAAUGAGCUGACCUCCAAAUGGGGCUGGCAGUUCCGGACUAAUAUACAAUGGCACGCGGUGGCGUUUGUUCUAUCGGAGCUCUGCGUGCGCCCUGUGUGUCCUCUUACCGAUCGUGCGUGGAUGGCAAUGAGUCUGGUGUACGAUGAAUGGGAAAACCAUGUGAAGCACAGAAAGGGAAUGCUCUGGCGACCACUUUCCCAACUGAUGAAACGAGCGUCUGCAUUCCGAGCUAAACAAAUGGCGGAGAUGCAGGCGCAAUUCGGCCCGAAUUCAGCACAAUUUCAGCCCAGCACGACCCAAGCCAGAAUGCAGACACCUGUUGAGUUUCAAUCUCUUCCUUGCAUCCACAUGCCCACAGUUCCCGAGCCGCCAUCUACUCAACCGAAUGAGACAUUCGACUCUGCACCAGAUACUGGAUUUGAAGAGAUCGACCUGAAUAAAGGCUCAAUCAAUAUGCUCCGUGAUAUUUUCCCCGAUACCAACUUUCUAGCUGAUCCUAAUGGAUCGAAUCCCAUCCAACAACCGCCCACAUCCGCAUCCAUAAUGAACCCACCACUUGCCAUACCAGAUGUAUCGACCCUCCCAGGAAGCAGUGCAGAAUGUCUACCUGACACGCAGCUCAACUGGGAAGAGUGGGAUCAGGUAAUGCGGGAUUUCCAAAUGGAUGUCCAGCAGACUCAAGCGACACACCCGAUGGGCAAUGUUUCCGACUGGUUUGUAUAACCGGUCCUUUACCCUGAGGCCUGAGUCAAACCUUUAUGACUACCAGGACUCUUGUAUGACGAUGAGCAUGCUUUAUGAUCUCUCCACUCGACGAACUCCCCUCAUGAUACCAAUAACCAAAAGUUGUUGCCAAUACCCUUUUGAUUCGGCGAUAACCCAUGUACUAUAUUGAACAUGCUCUGCUACAGAAUGCUACAGAGCUGAUGAUAUUGAAUCUGCAAAUAGACCCAUGUACUCAGAUAUAUGAAAUCUGAUAUAUAAAUAAAUCAACAUUACAAUUGCAGUCACUC